GGGAUGAAAAGAAUGGGGGGACGAGAGAGGGUAAAGGAAAAACCAAUGAUACAGAAUAUCGACCGGAUAUUCGUUUUGCUCGGUUCAUUCCAUCAUCCCCUCUCGCUUAUUGUUUACAACCUUUUAUUCUUCUUGGUCUUGUGUCUUGUAGUAAAAUGGAGAAUAUGGAAAUCGGAAAUUUUAAACGAAAUAAUGGUAAAGGAG